AAGUAAUUAACAUUUUCUUCCAAAACAAUUGGGAAGUAAACAACGAACAAUUAAAUACCCACAAAAAUUUACAUAAAUAAACUUUUAAAAUAACGUUAUUGUAUAUAAAUCACAGCCUUUGAAUUUGAUUUCAAGAAAAGCGCAUGCUAAACCAUGUCUUACCCUGGAUUUGGGAGAGGUCAGGGUCAGUUUGCCCCCGUUUCAGGAUAUGCUGCCAUGCAAGGGGCAAGUAACAGCAAGACUUUUGUUCCAGGGAGGACGUUAAACUACCAUACUGCUAAUGUGGGAAAGAGGCGAGCUAUGACUGAAGAGGAGUAUUUUAAUGAUGAUGAAGAGGAAGAAACACCUGGAGAGAAAGAUACUUAUCAGAAAGGUUCCGACAGUCCUGGAGCAGCAAGUAAUGAUAGUGAUGAUCCACUUGAUGCAUUCAUGGCAGGCAUUGAAAAAGAGAUAGUAGAAGAGACCAAGGAACGCAUCUCAACAGUUGAAGAGAAGUUAAAAGAAAAGGGAACUCGUGAUGACAUAGAUAAUGAAGAUGUACAAGAAUCUUACUUCCGUUACAUGGAGGAAAAUCCUAACGCUGGUGUCAUCAACGAAGAUGAGGAUAUUGUGGAUUAUGAUAGCGAUGGAAAUCCAAUUAUGGAGAGGAAAAAGGUAAUUGAUCCUCUUCCACCAAUGGACCACUCAGAAAUUGACUAUGAGCCAUUUGAACGAAACUUUUAUACACCGCACAAAGAGAUUGAAGCUCUGACCGUUGGCCAAGUGGAUGACCUGAGAAGGAAACUAGGAAUUAAGGUCUCAGGGCUUUCACCACCUCGUCCAGUCAGCAGUUUUGCUCACUUUGGCUUUGACGAAGCCUUGAUCGCAGCCAUCAGGAAAUCUGAAUACACGCAGCCUACCCCGAUUCAAGCUCAGGGAAUACCAGUGGCACUGAGUGGCAGAGAUAUGAUUGGCAUAGCAAAGACAGGAAGUGGUAAAACAGCUGCUUUCCUGUGGCCGUUGCUGAUACACAUCAUGGAUCAGAAAGAGUUAAGUAAAGGAGAUGGUCCCAUAGGUUUAAUCCUUGCGCCAACUAGAGAAUUGUCACAACAGAUCUAUCACGAAGCAAAAAAGUUUGGCAAAGUUUACAACAUCAAUGUGGUGUGCGCAUAUGGUGGUGGGAGUAUGUGGGAACAGUCCAAGGCUUGUCAAGAAGGGGCAGAGAUCAUUGUGGCCACCCCAGGCAGAUUGAUUGAUCUGGUGAAGAAAAAAGUCACAAACCUCCAGAGAGUGACGUAUCUAGUGUAUGAUGAGGCUGACAGGAUGUUUGAUAUGGGUUUUGAACCGCAAGUCAGAUCUAUUGCAGAUCAUGUAAGGCCAGACAGACAGACACUUUUAUUCAGUGCCACCUUCAGAAAACGAAUAGAAAAAUUAGCCAGAGACAUCCUGGCAGAUCCAGUUAGAGUUGUCCAGGGAGAAGUUGGAGAGGCUAAUGAAGAUGUGACGCAAGUGGUUGAAGUUCUCCCCCUUGGUCCAGCCAAAUGGACCUGGUUGAUGAGGCGGUUGGUGUCUUUCACAUCAGAGGGCAGUGUUCUUAUUUUUGUGACACGAAAGGCUAAUUCAGAGGAAUUGGCUGCAAAUUUAAAAGCAAAAGACUUUGAAAUGGGCUUACUCCACGGUGAUAUCAGCCAGGCCGAAAGGAAUGAGAUCAUCAGUGCUUUUAAAAGAAAAGAUUUCUCCAUACUUGUGGCCACAGAUGUUGCAGCUCGAGGUUUGGAUAUCCCCCACAUUAAGACAGUCAUAAAUUAUGAUGUGGCCAGAGACAUUGAUACACACACACACAGGAUUGGUAGGACUGGGCGUGCUGGAACAAAGGGCCAUGCGUAUACACUCAUCACAGAAAAAGACAAGGAGUUUGCUCCUCACUUGGUGAGGAAUUUGGAGGGUGCAAAUCAGCAUGUGCCACCUGCUCUGUUAGAACUAGCACAAAAGUGUCCAUGGUUUAAAAAGAAUCGCUACAAGGGUGGAAAAGGAAAGACUGUUGCUGGAAGAGGGCUGGGCUGUAAAGAAAGACCUGGACUUGGAUCUGAAAAUAGUACACAUGUUCAAGAUUCUAUAAGUCUUAGCAGUUUCAGGGCAGCAGCAAAUGCAGGUCCGCAGUCAGACAGACUCUCUGCGAUGAAGUCUGCCUUUUAUUCCCAGUUUAAGAGCAGCUUUGUGUCAGCCAUUGAACAAGACAAAUCUGCCAGUGAAGAAAACUACGCAGCAGCCGGCGGGGCCUCACAGCUGAACUCCUCCUUACAACCACAGAUGAUACAACCCUCAGGGGCAGGGGGGGCUUCACGCAUGGGCCUAGGCAGCGAGGGCCCAUCUAAAAAGAAGAAGAGAAGUCGAUGGGACUGAUUGUUGUUGUGUAUCGUACUUUAAAAACUAGUAUUAAAAUGUUUUUCUUAAACUAAAUUGUAGUCUGGUAAAAUUUUAGCUAAAUUGUUGGUAAAAUGUAAACAUUUCUAGGAUUUAUUAAUUAUUCAGAAUCAUUAAUUUAUGGCCUCUUUUUCUUAAUAAAGUUUUUUUCAAAAUGGUUGCAUUUAUACUUAAAGAUAUAGGGAAAGUUAGCAGUAUGAAUGCACUAUUAUCUGUUGACUAUAAGGCUGUACAUUACAGAUGUGAAUGUCAAUAGAAAUAUCUUGUGACUUUAAAUUCAUAUAGGGCUGGACAAUAUAGAAGUGAAUGUCUAUGUGAAUAUCUUGGACUUGAAAUCUUGUAGGGUUGUACAUUAAAUUAGUGAAUGUCUAUGGGAAUAUGUUGUUGUAAGAAAUAUGUGGUUGCUGAUCAAUUGCUUGACAAAAUUUUGUGUUUUUAUUGGAAUAAAAAAAAAAUCCAAAUAAAAUU